AAGUCAAGUUACCCAUGCUUAGAAAAUCGAAAAGCAUAGGCAUCUCUACCCGACCUGUGUAUGUAACUUUGGCCUGAUAUUAUAGUCGUUGGGAUAAACGGGGGCUAGACCCCGUUAGAUACUGCCGGAUUUUAACCUAAUUCAGCCACCUUCAGGGACUUAACCUUGCGUUGUCCUUACUUUCCAUUCUCUCUACAACAUCAACUUUUUUCUCCUUUUUUGCUAACAUUACAUUGACAAGUCGCUACCGUAUCAAGAAAAGCAAUGGAAAGCAACGCCGUUGAGAGGAGCUCGUCUGAUGACACGCCUCAGAGUUCCGAAGCCUUUUCAGGAUAUCGGUGGACGUAUCACGAUUCUCUACAAGAGGGACCCAUUCGUUCACGAGCCGAGUCAUUUUCGGCAUCUGUGGACUGGAGCUCACUCCUGCAGUACGCAGCCAAGAGGAGGAAUGGGUCCAGCUGCCAGCUCCUUCGUGAUAUUGGCCUUGGCUACAACCAUAUGGUCCGAAUCAUCCAGUUUGACGAUGGUGUGCGAUGGGUGGCACGACUGCGAAUGCCUUCUUUUGGUACCUCAGCUGUCUCCGAAAACUCGGAUCAGUCGGUAGAGGCAGUUGAAAACUGCGAAUACAACACCAUUUCCCUUGUGCGACAAAAAACCAGCAUACCGAUUCCUGAAGUCCAUGCUAUUGAGGCUCGACGGGAUUGUGACGUCAAGGCACCAUUCAUGUUGAUGGACUGUCUACCAGGGAACGUGGGAAUGGACUUGGGCAUGAAGAUCCCGCCUGGAUAUAAGCAAACGUUCCUACGCCGUCUCGCGCAGAUUCAGGUUCAGUUAGCCACGGUACAACUCCCUAUGAUUGGGACAAUCGUUUCGAGAAACGAGGACGGCACAUACCGGCAAGGCCCAAUUCGGGGUCUUGGUGGUCCUUUCAACACAGCGACCGAAUUCUUCCAAGCAUGGGCGGCCAAGACCACAUUCGGCAUGACGGACGAAGAACUACGAACAGCAUCUGGUCAAUAUGCUGACGAGAUUAUCCCUUCCGUCUCAUCUUUUCCAAAAUCCAUUAGCGACCUUGCUAGUAGACUCUCAGCUCGCGACCACUGCCCGUUCCCUCUUUGCCACGGCGACUUUGGCCACAACAAUAUCAUUGUUGACGACGAGUAUCGUGUCCUCGGUUUGAUUGACUGGGAGGCAUCCUUCGCUGGGCCAUGGGAGAUAUUUGCAGAUUUUCCUUUAACCCUCUCAAUGGUUCCGCCAGCGAUCGAUGUACCGUGGAAUGAAAGAAGCUGAGGAUAGGAGGGGAACAGACAACUCAUUAUCAGACGCGCUGAAGAAUUGGAAAAGACAGCAGCUGGUGACCGCGAUGAGGCUGUAUCAGAGGGGAAAAGCUGGGUGGUAUU